UCUGUAUACAGCAGACUGCUCGUGGGGUAGUGCGCUGCAGAGGGAGUGUCGUGUGAGAGGCGACCAUCGCCUCCUGGAAUUUCACUCAUCAAUAUCCACUCAAUUCCUGAGCAUCUAUUUCCAUCUGUCAACACAAUGGACCCGCAUAGUCAAUGGAUUUACAUUUGCUGCUCUGACUUCACCGCCGUCGUCUAGAACGACUUCUCCGCAAACGAGGAACGCCGUCUCUCCAAGCCGUAGCCUACGGCGUAGCCUACGCUGCAAGAAUGGGAACGGUGCUUUCCAUAUCUCCAAUAUCAAAGAAGGAGACUAUUCUGGAUGACAGAAAAGAGGGUGACCAGGCAAUCAGAACGGGGAGCGUAAAGAACAAUGCCUUGCUUGUCCCAGUUCUCACAUUUAAGAGACUGUUUACCACAUCGACCAAGAAAAAUAGUUGCAAGAAAGUCAACCCGAACGCCGCACAGGUGAACAACAAUACCCACGUAGACCAGCAAAAUAACAAGAAAUCCCAGCAAUCGAGUACGGAUGGUAAGAAAGCACCACUCGCUGUACCAGUGCCGACGGUUCCUACCCAAAGCCUUGAACCUAAUCAACCCCAGGUCCCCUCUGAGAAUGUGAAACUCUUGCCUGUCCAAAAUCAACCUAGUGAAGUAGACCUCCUCUCACCGAGGCGUGUGAUUAUACAGGCAUCGACCGGGGAGCUGUUGCGCUGUCUGGGCGAAUUUAUGUGUAGGAGAUGCUGUAAAGUCAAGCUCACCUACAAUGAGGUCAUCCUAUGGUUCCGAAAUGUCGACCGAACCCUUCUCCUCCAAGGCUGGCAGGACCAGGGAUUCAUUACACCUGCUAACUUAGUCUUCGUCUACCUGCUGUGUAAGGAAUCGAUACCCGAUGAUAUCGACAGCGCAUCCGAACUCCAGGGUAUCUUCCUGCUCUGUCUCUAUCUAUCCUACUCUUACAUGGGUUGCGAGAUAUCUUACCCUCUGAAACCAUUCAUGAUUAUGGCAAAUGAGGAUAAUUUCUGGGAUAUUUCUAUGAGCAUCAUCAAUAACACGAGUGCCAAAAUGUUGCAGUUAAAUGCAGAUCCGCACUUUUUCACCGAGGUGUUUCAAGAGCUAAAAGAUGAAGGAGAGUCAAGGGACAAAGACUUGGACCGUUAAAUCAAAGGAGAACUCAAAUGUAUGUUUCACAAAACUCCUGGAAUGGUGGUUUGAAUUUAAUAUUCAACAGUUUUCAAGGCCUAUGCCUACGAGAUUAGGAAAAUCCAAUCUAAGGUGAAUAUAGGUUUCUAAGACAUUCAUGUUGACUUGUACCAGUGAGUGUUAAAACUAAUUGUAUUGCGUAACCACGGAUCAGUAAAUGCAUGUUGUAUUCUAAAUGUAGGCCAAUCUCCUUUGUAAACCUUUGCGAAUACUGUAGGAUAGUCACAGUGACUCCGUGGAUAAAUGGAAUGUCUGCAAAUACAUCAAUGUGUGGGUAAUCUAGACUACUUUUAUAAUUGCCUUGAUGUUCACUUAUGGAGUUCUGUUGUGGGCAAAAAAUAGCAGUAUUUUAUGCGUCGAGAGGUGGAGCUAUCCAAGGUACUGGUGUAGCCUUUACGCAUCAAACGCCUAUGCUAGCGCGUAGGACACAGAAGGGAAUGUACAAGGAAAGAGAUUCUUUAGCGUCAUUUGUGCCAAUUAUCACAAUAUUAAACACUGUGGUUUACACCAACAAUUUUUUUUAAACUAGUAUAGCAGAUUGUUUCCAUUUGCAAAAAAAAAACUAUAUUUUCAUUAAAAAAAUUGUUGCCAUUUUGUUGAUGUACUUGUUGAAGCAAAAAAUUAAAGUAUGUUACAAUGGUUUAUUAAUGUAAUUUUCCCUAUUUGUAUACUUGUUUUCAGUAUUGUAGGUGCAUCUCUCCAAUCUACUGUUUCUCUGUGGCUCAUUUCUCUGCAUUGAAACAUUGGAGUCUGAAAGAAGGCCCUGGCAAUAUAAUGUAAUUGUGUUAAUUUAAACUAGUGCAGCAUUCACUCACAGUAAAGCAUUUAUGUUAUUUAGUGUCAUGGUAAUAUGCUAGUGCUUGAAGGAACUGGACUGUUACCCCUACUGAUUAGUUCAGAAGAUUGACUUUUCUUUGACAUCUGAUGAGCUACCAUGUUCACAGUUAGCUAAUCUGUUACUGUUGCUCAUUUGCAUAUGUUUAAUCAUACAUGUGUUUCACUUGCAUAAUGUGAUUAUGUUCUCAGAACAAUCAGGAACCACUCUGGUAUAGCACUCUUUUCUGGAGAUCUGUUCUCAAACAUAAUGUAACGUAAACAAUGCAAAGAUACACUAGUGAACUGUCAAUACUUGUCUAUGUUAUUCCUGCGGAAAUAAAGAAAACUUUAGAAGUA